CUUAUUACAUUCUUCCCCUGUCCGGGCGAGAACAUGUCUACGCGGAGGAGGCGAGCCGGCGCCUGGGUAGAUGUGAGCCCAAGGUGAUGGCCCGGCUGGUGGACAUAGGCACACAGACAGACCCGGUAGUCGUGCUGUCCCUCGCCCAGGCCGCCGUGCUAGGUCUCAUCUCCCAGAAUGAAGUGUUCGGCGCCACCAUCGCACCCAACGGCUUCUACACCGGCGAACCCAAAGAGUCCCCCGCGCCGCAGGUAGAAGGAGUCGACUACGAGUACGCCGACCAGCUCAUCGGAGCCAACGGAGAUUACCUCGGAGACAACGUGGGCGAAGACGGACCGAUGCAGCCCAGCUGCAGUCAGAGGCGCUGGCAGCAGGGCCCGGCGCCGCCGCAACACCCGGACACAAAGAUGGUCGGCCCCGAUCGCCACGGCGGCGUGUCCUCGUCCCACGUGAAGGGGGAAGUGGUGAACUCUGGGAUGUCCUCCUGUGUCCACAUGCUGAACAAUCUGCCUCCCAGAGGCGGUUUAGUCCAAGUGGACCCGGCAUCCCUCAGGGGCCCCAACAAGAGCUGCGUGGAGUGCGACCGGGACCCGAGCGACCAGCCGCGAGCCAACGCCCCCCCUCCCCCCCCGCAGGUCGGCCACCGAGGAGGCGAGCACGGCCACCGGGGACCGCAGGGCCAGCGGCCGAUGGGGGGCCACGGUCGAGGCGGCGGCGGCGGCGAGGGGAACGACAUGAUGAAGCCCACGCAGCAGGAGGAAGCCAUCAGCAGCUACUUCCAGACCAGCGAGGUCGGGAGCUACGACUCUGCGGAGAUGGGCAUGGCGGGCGAGUACGAGGACAGGAGCCAGAGCAUGAUGUGGACCGACGGGAGCGCGGCGGCGGCGGCGGCGCAGCAGCAGCAGCCGCCGCCCCUCCAGCCGCCCCGUCGGCACGGCGGCCGCCGGGUGGACCGGCUGGACAUCAACAUCCAGAUCGACGAGUCGUACUGCGUGGACGUGGGCGACGGCCUGAAGCGCUGGAAGUGCCGCAUGUGCGACAAGUCGUACACGUCCAAGUACAACCUGGUGACGCACAUCCUGGGCCACAACGGCGUCAAGCCGCACGCCUGCCCGCACUGCGGCAAGCUCUUCAAGCAGCCGAGCCACCUGCAGACCCACCUGCUGACGCACCAGGGCACGCGGCCGCACAAGUGCGCCGUGUGCAAGAAGGGCUUCACGCAGACGAGCCACCUGAAGCGCCACAUGCUGCAGCACACCGACGUCAAGCCGUACAGCUGCCGCUUCUGCCGCCGCGGCUUCGCCUACCCCAGCGAGCUGCGGGCGCACGAGGCCAAGCACGAGCGCGGCCGCUGCCACGUGUGCUCCCAGUGCGGCAUGGAGUUCCCCACGUACGCGCACCUCAAGCGCCACCAGGCCAGCCACCAGGGGCCGCACGCCUUCCAGUGCACCGAGUGCGACAAGUCGUUCGCCUACCGCAGCCAGCUGCAGAACCACCUGCUGAAGCACCAGAGCCCGCGGCCCUACACCUGCUCCCAGUGCGGCCUGGAGUUCGUGCAGCUGCACCACCUGCGGCAGCACUCGCUCACUCACAAGGGAAUGAAAGGCCACAAGUGCGACGUGUGUUCUCGUGAGUUCACCCUGUCGGCCAACCUGAAGCGCCACAUGCUGAUCCACAACAGCGUCCGGCCCUUCCAGUGUCACGUGUGCUUCAAGAGCUUCAUCCAGAAGCAGACGCUCAAGACCCACAUGAUCGUCCACCUGCCCGUCAAGCCCUUCAAAUGCAAGGUCUGCGGCAAGUCUUUCAACCGAAUGUACAACCUGCUGGGCCACAUGCACCUGCACGCCGGCAGCAAGCCCUUCAAGUGUCCGUACUGCACCAGCAAGUUCAACCUGAAGGGAAACCUCAGCCGGCACAUGAAGGUCAAGCACGGCAUGGACGUCUCGCCAGAAGGACAAGAUGUUCAUCCAGGAAAUGAAAUGAAUAGCCAGGGGGAGUAUGAAGGUCAGAGCUUCAGCUUUACGUCACAAGACAAUAUGGUCAACGGUGGCUCCCAAAACCUCACCAAGCUCACGACGGCCAACAUGGACGACAUGGAGGAGUAUUACAAUUUCGGGAAGGACUCGAGCAGCUACGCGUCGCCUUGAGCGGCGGCGGCGGAGAACCCGGAGAACCCGGAGAACUUUGGGCUUCUUUUCUCCUCUUCUUUUUACGGCAGACGGAAAUUACAGAGUUCUUUUCAAAAGCUUCGGGAGAGACACAUCGGGGACGGGGUUCAAUUUAGGGGAUUGGCCUCCUUCCAGAACUGAACUGAACUGAACGACCUCUGAUGGAGGAGGGGGGGGGGGGUGGGAGACACUUCAACUCCGAGACUCUGAAGCUGCGGACGCCGGUCUGGAGCUCCUUUUUUUUGGGGGGGGGAGGGAUUACUACGCAAAGCGACUCAAAGACUCACCGGCUGGACAGUCGAAUCUGUAUGUUGUGUGUACGUAUCAGUUAUUUGAAGAAGAAGAAAAAAAACGUAGAAAAAGUUGCAGAGCCAUCAGUUACAUUCGAUGUGAUUUAGAAAUCUGUUUCCCAUUUUGCCAUAUUUUUUGUCAUCCACAACCAACGUAUGCCCUUUUUUUAUUUUUAUUAUAAAUAUUUGUGUCUGAAAGUGCCAGCUAGAUACAUUAAGCUUCCACCGUGUCGGCUAUCGACUCACCGUGCAGAUCGAACGUUUUGGUACGUAGUCGCAGCAUAUUCAUAGGUUUGAAUGCUCUACUAGACGGAGAGGAGUCGACACCGCAACAGACUUUGGUCUCGCAUUAAUAAUCCAUCCCCCGUGUCGUGAAUGUACUGCUCAAUGUUUUACUGAGGGAACAAUGCAAAGCACUUCCCCCCCCCCCCCCCCUAUUUGAGACCCGUCAUCGUUUCGGUCUUCAGUACCCUCGUCUGCCUCCAGGAGAAAAAAAGGGUCGGGAAAUAAAGAUCGUAGAAUCUUCCAAACCCCGCAUAAUGGCAAUAUUGUUAAACAGAUAUGCUCUUCUCUGUAUUUUCUUUUAUUUCUUCCGCAGUUCCGUUGAUAUGAAUAUUUCACAGAACGAGCAGUUUGUGUGUGUUCCGUCUUCUCUUCACUUUCAAGUCACUUUAGUCAGAAAACAAAACGCCUGCAAGUGGAUGAUAUCAAAUCCAAUCUGUGGAUUUCAAAAAAAGAAUAAGGGAAAAGAAAAAAAUGAUCCGUGUGGAGUCGAAUUGAAAGUGGACUGACGCUAGUUCUGGUCUUCAUCAUUCUGUUUCUUUUGGGGGAAGGCGGUCGGCGCCCCCCUGUCCUGCCAUGCAGGUCAGCCUCGAUAUGCACACUGAACCAGAGGAAACCGGUCUGCAGCACUAGUUCUUCUUUUGAGAUGAGGAAUAUCAAAACUGAGACCUCAUGGAAAUUGACCCAUGAAUUAUUUAAUAAAGGUUCUCUAGUUUAAAUGAU